AUGGAACGGCUUACGAGCGACGACACCCUCGAGAUGGAAGACUACAUGCGCCCCAACGACGAAGCCAACACAUCUUUAACAAAUGGCGCGCAGAAGAGUUGGAGGCAGCAAGAACAUUCAGACAGUACACCCGCAGGCGCCGGCAGUACAGGGCAUGCGGAUCCAACAGCAACCGCAAAAAAGGUACUCUCGCCAAUCGUCCUGAGGAACCUCAUGAUAAACGCCUUCCUCAUCGCUCUCUGGUACAGCUUCAGCAUAUCAAUCAGUGUCUACAACAAAUGGAUGUUCUCCUCCGAGAACCUGGACUUCCACUACCCGCUCUUCGUAACCAGCAUGCACAUGCUCGUCCAAUUCACCCUUUCCUCCGCCGUCCUCUACUUCGUCCCUCGCUUCCGACCUGGCGCCGACCCAACAGUAAACCCCCACAACCCAUCGUACCGCCAACUUGACGACACGGAUUAUGCCGAGGCUUCCGCCGACCACGACUCAAAACCACCUUCUAACAAACCCCUCAUGACCAAGACCUUCUACGCGACCCGCAUCGGACCAUGCGGCACCGCGACCGCGCUCGACAUCGGCCUCGGUAACUUCAGUCUCCGCUUCAUUAGCCUGACCUUCUUCACAAUGUGCAAGUCCAGCGUGCUCAUAUUCGUGUUGGCGUUCGCCUUCGUCUUCCGGCUCGAGUCGCCAACCUGGAGGCUCUGCACGAUCAUCCUCUUCAUGACCCUGGGCGUUGUCAUGAUGGUAGCUGGCGAGACAGCGUUCAGCGCGUUGGGAUUCGUGCUGGUCAUGACGGCGAGCCUUUGCUCCGGAUUCCGUUGGAGUUUGACGCAAAUCAUGCUGCUGAGGAACCCGGCGACGAGUAACCCGUUCAGCAGCAUCUUCUUCCUUACGCCAGUGAUGUUCUUCGCUCUCUUCAUCCUCGCGAUACCGAUCGAAGGCCCGGCGAACGUCAUCGAAGGCAUCAAAGAGCUAGCCGCCAGUUCCGGAGGUUUCUACUCCUUCUGCCUCCUUCUAUUCCCCGGGUUCCUGGCAUUCCUGAUGGUCAGCGCCGAGUUCGCACUACUCAAGCGAACGUCAGUCGUCACACUGAGCGUUUGCGGCAUCUUCAAAGAAGUCCUGACCAUCAGCGCAGCUGGCAUCGCUUUCGGGGACGAGCUGAGUCCGAUCAAUGUUUCGGGAUUGAUAGUAACGAUCUUGAGCAUUGCAGCGUACAACGUGCUCAAGUAUACAAAGAUGAGGAGCGAUGCCGGAAAAGAAGCGCACGGCGUACAGGACGGAUCUUCAGCUCGGACAGAGCAGAUAAAGGCUGAGAGGGGUGCAGAAAGCGCUGGAGUGGUAGACAGCACGAGUGCACUGUUACGAAGAGACAGCGAGCAGUUUGCGAUAGCAGGAGAUGACGAUGACCAUGAUUUCGGAGAUAGGGGACCUACGAAUGCAGUACUUGGGCCGGACAAAUUGGAUAGAACGGGUCCGACCGGGUAA